UACAGUACGAGUGCCUUGGAAACCCGGAUCUACUCCCCCAGCUGCAGGGGAAAAUAGGAGGGAUUGAUUUGGGAUCUUUCCUCAAACCUUUGCUAUGGCUGCAGCGGUGAUGUGGACUGAUCGAGGACGGAGGGCUGCGGCUGUUGUGGGGACUGUGACCAGAUCCAGAUCAAGUCAGGCCGCUUUAAAAUCCCAGUAUGACGCUCUGGUUAUUGGGGGAGGACACAAUGGACUGGUGGCAGCUGCCUAUCUUCAGAAGGGAGGAGUGAAGACGGCAGUCCUGGAGCGCAGACAUGUGUUGGGAGGAGCAGCUGUUUCAGAAGAACUCUUUCCUGGUUUCCACUUCUCCAGGUGUUCCUAUCUGCUCAGUUUAUUAAGACCUCACAUAACAGCAGAAUUGGAGCUUAAGAAACAUGGGCUGAAAGUGUAUAUGAGGGACCCCCAUGCUUUCACUCCCAUGUUGGAGGAUGGGGUGAACGGGGCCCCACCGAGGUCUCUCACCCUGGGCGCAGAUCUGGCCAUGAAUCUGAGGGAGAUCGGCAAGUUCUCACAGAAGGACGCUAAGGCCUUUCCAGAAUUUGUUGCAUACCUUGACAAGCUAGCAUCAGCGAUCCACCCUCUCCUGGAUGCUCCUCCCGUAGACAUCCCAGGUGUUACAACUGGAUCACUAAGGAAGAGGCUGGCUGCAGCUAAAACACUUAAGCCUAUUGUCAAAUGCGGCCUGAGACUUGGCAGAAAUAUUCCAGACUUGUAUGAGAUCAUAACUGCACCAAUAAUGAAGAUCCUCAAUCGGUGGUUUGAGUCUGAGCCACUGAGAGCAACACUGGCUACUGAUGCUGUGAUAGGAGCCAUGACAAGUCCUAGUAAUCCUGGUAGUGGGUAUGUGCUCCUGCACCAUGUGAUGGGAGAGUUGGAGAAGGAGAUGGGAGCAUGGGGUUAUGUGGAGGGAGGCAUGGGAGGCGUGUCUAACGCUAUUGCUAAUUCUGCUCGAUCCUAUGGUGUAGACAUUUUCACUGAGAAGGAUGUAGGACAGGUCCUGGUGGGUUCAGAUGGUGCUGCCAAGGGCGUGGUGCUGAAGGAUGGCACAGAGAUCCACAGUAAAGUUGUUUUGUCAAAUGCUACACCAUAUGUUACCUUCAAGAACCUCACACCACAGGAAGCUCUAUCUCCAGAGUUCAUCAAAGCCGUAGAUCAGAUAGACUACACUUCGCCUGUGACCAAGAUCAAUGUGGCAGUGGACAAGCUGCCAAACUUCCUAGCAUGUCCAACUCCAGAUAAUAAACCUGGACCCCAUCAUCAGUGCUCUAUCCAUCUCAACUGUGAAAGCGUGGAGCUGCUGGAGAUUGCUUACAAAGAGGCCGUGAAUGGACGUCCCUCAACAAGACCCAUGCUGGAGAUGACCAUCCCCUCAGUGUUGGAUCCUACUCUGGCUCCCCCUGGCUGCCAUGUGGUGUCCCUGUUCACCCAGUACACCCCCUACCACAUAGAGGGCAGGGAGUGGACUGACCAGGACAGAGAGGAAUACGCAGACACUGCAUUUGACUGGGUGGAGAAAUACGCCCCAGGGUUUAAAGCCUCAGUGGUGGGCCGGGACAUCCUGGCUCCACCUGACCUGGAGAGGAUCUUUGGGCUCACAGGAGGGAAUAUCUUCCAUGGAUCAAUGUCGCUGGACCAGCUCUACCUAGCACGACCUUUGCCCUGUCUCUCUGACUACCGCUCACCAAUAAAAGGGCUGUAUCUGUGUGGCAGUGGCUGUCAUCCAGGUGGUGGUGUGAUGGGUUCUCCCGGAUGGAACGCAGCGCUCACUGUCAUAGCUGACCUGAAACGUCGCUAAAACACCACCGGCAUCAGUGUGUGGUUAUCUGAUCAGUGUUAUCAACCUCUCUUUUGUCUGAUUUUAAGGAAUUUGAAAUGAAUUGUAAUACUCACUCCAACAGAUAUGCUGUCACCCCAUCCUAUCAUGUUUGUAAGGGUAUCUGAAUAUGAGAGAAAAGGGGCAAAAUGGUUGAUUUUAUUAUACAACUGACAUGGGAUGAAAGAGACAAUCACUCCUGAAGACACUAGUGCAAUACUGUCGCAUUACAUUUGUGAAUUCAUCUAACUGAGUCAGUAGGAAAUCUGUGAAAUGUUAGAACAUAACUUACACUUGUCUUAAUAAAAUAAAUGUUAAUGUAUUGAUGGAAUGAAGCAGAAGGGAACUUUUUACAACUUUAAAUAACUCAAAACAAAUUCAAAUGUUUCACUGGGUUAAAUGAUGCCUUAAUAAUUGCUGGUAUGUGUUAUGUUUGAUUAGUAAAAGAAAACACAGAUGUUACUAAUAACAUUAAUGAUGACUCAGUUCUUAUAAAGUCUCCCUAAAGAGGAUCAGAUGUAAUCCAGCCAUGAUUCAUUUUAUUGUUUACACCUGUGCUUUCGUCAAAAUGUGACUGUAAUUGAAUGUGGCCUAAUUGGUUUUCUACAAGUUUAGUACAUUACCUUUUAUAGGUAUUUUACUGAUAGGGUUAGUUCAAAGAUCGAUGGGCCUAUAAUUGUGCAUGGGUGACCUACCUGGCUUUUUCCUCUUGACUCUCUCAGGAAGACCCCAAAACAAUUAUGUUAAAGCUUCUUUGUUAACCUUCUUGGCAGUUAAUAAAUGUGGUUUU